GACGUCUUUAAUUGCAGCAACGCAUAUUUUCUGCGCAAGGAACAAACAGGGUUAAUUCCAAAAUGAAACUUCCAUCGUGGAGCGUGCAGGACUGAGGUGGUCCCGCUCAGGGGGUGGGGGCGUCUGAGAAUAGACGGCCCGGUCGUCCUUGAGAAAUGACUGCCCGGAGGCGUCCCACCGAUGACGAUCUGAGUGCAUCCGUCUGACAACAUGUUGGCUGUUUGUGUCAGAGCCGCGCUGCGGCCUGGCGUGGUGAAGCCAUGUCACCUGGUCAGACCAGUCACCCAGAUGCAGGAAAUGUCCACAAGCCACCAGGAGGGUUUACCGAAGCUUCCAGUUCCACCCUUGAAGCAGACGUGCGAGCGCUAUCUAGCUGCCCUUGAGCCUAUCGUCAGUGAGGAGGAGCUGGAUCACACGCGCGAGCUUGUCAACGAGUUCCUCAAAGGUGGAGUUGGCGAACGGCUCCAGAAAGGACUGGAGCGACGGGCCCGGAAGACAGAGAACUGGCUGUCAGACUGGUGGAUGCAGUCGGCCUAUCUGGACUGCCGCAUGCCGGUGGCCGUCUACACAAGUCCUGGUGUGGUCCUGCCUCGCAUGCACUUUCACGACCGUCAAGGACAAAUGAGAUUUGCUGCCAAACUGAUAGCAGGAGUUUUGGAAUUCAAAAAAAUGAUCGACACAGAGACCCUUCCUGUCGAGUACCUGAGCAAGAAGCCGCUGUGUAUGAACCAGUACUACCAGAUCCUGUCGUCGUGUCGCAUCCCUGGACCCAAAAGAGACACUGUUGCAAAUUACGCCAUUGGGAAAACACCUCCCACUCACAUUACAGUCGUUCACAACUUUCAGUUCUUUGUCUUGGACGUCUACAACAGUGAUGGCACGCCGCUGACUGUAGAUCAGAUUUACAUGCAGUUAGAAAAAAUCUGGAACUCCUCACUUCAAACAAACAAGGAGCCGAUCGGCAUCUUAACCUCUCAGCAUCGCAACACGUGGGGAAAAGCCUACAACAAUCUGAUCAAGGACAAGACGAAUAAAGAGUCCGUGCGUGCCAUCCAGAAAAGCAUCUUCACUGUGUGUUUGGAUGCACCGAUGCCCCGUGUGUCAGAUGAGCAGUACCAGAGUCGCGUGGCCGCCCAGAUGCUGCACGGAGGCGGCUCUCGCUGGAACAGUGGCAAUCGCUGGUUUGACAAGACUCUACAGUUCAUUGUGGGUGAGGACGGAACAUGUGGUCUUGUCUACGAACAUGCCCCAGCUGAAGGUCCUCCCAUUGUCUUCCUGAUCGAUUAUGUUGUCAAAUGCAUGCAGAGGACAGAAGUAGUCCGCUCCCCAAUGGUUCCACUGUCCAUGCCCCAGAAACUGCGCUUCAACAUCACUCCGGAGAUCAAGAGGGACAUUGAGAAAGCCAAACAAAAUAUGAACAUGAUGGUUCACGAUCUGGAUGUGAAGGUGCUCAUGUUCUCCCAUUUUGGAAAGAAACUACCAAAACAGCACAAGCUUAGUCCAGAUGCUUUUAUGCAAAUGGCUCUCCAACUUGCAUAUUUUAGGAUGUACGACGAGUGCUGCUCGACGUACGAGAGUUCUUCUUUACGUAUGUUCAAAUUGGGUCGGACAGAUGCAAUUCGCACCACCACGGUGGACUCUUCCAAUUUCGUCAGAGCGAUGCAAGACCCGGCAAAACAGAAGUCGGAGAAGCUGUCGCUGCUGCAGCAGGCUGUUCACACGCACAAGGACAACACGUACAACGCCGUUCAUGGACAAGCCAUCGACCGACACCUACUGGGACUGAAAUUGUUGAGCAUUGAAGACCUGACUUCAAUGCCUGAAAUAUUCAUGGAUACUUCCUAUGCUGUUGCCCACCACUACAACCUCUCAACGAGCCAGGUGGGUUCUAAAACAGACUGCGUGAUGUGCUUCGGCCCAAUGGUGCCGGACGGCUAUGGCGUGUGCUACAAUCCCAUGGAUGAUCACUUCAACAUCGCCAUCACAGCCUUCAACAGCUGCGAGGAGACCAACGCUGCCAAGUUUUCGCAGGUGGUUGAAGACGCUCUCUUGGACAUGAAAGCUCUUCUGGAAGACAGUCAGUGAUCCUACACUGGGUUGAGCUCCACACCGGUCUUCACAUGCGAGAUAUUCGCUGUGAACCACUGCAUCACUGGGUUAGACAUGAAAUAUUCUAAAUGUUUGAAUAUAUUGUGUUUUUAUUUAUAUAUGUAUAUAUAUAUAUAU